AUGGCAAUUGAAGCUGCUAAUUCUCAAUUUGGAAAUUCAGCUCCUGAUCAUCUCACAAAUCCUUCGAAUCCAUAUUUCUUGCAUCCUAAUGAAAAUCCUGCAUUAGUUCUUGUUUCUCAUGUUUUAUCUGGAUCCAACUAUCAUUCUUGGGCAAGGGCAAUGAGAAUGGCAUUGCAAUCUAAGAAUAAAAUGAAAUUUGUUGAUGGAACUCUCAAGAUGCCAGCUACCACAUAUCCAAUAUUUUCUGUUUGGGAAAGGUGUAAUACCAUGGUAGUUUCUUGGAUCACACAUGCAAUAUCUCAGUCCAUAGCACAAAAGUGUCCUGUGGAUUAUUACUUUACUCAUUUGAAAAUUUUAUGGGAUGAACUAGAGAAUUUUCGCUCUAUUCCUCAAUGUACUUAUGCAACUCCAUGUAUUUGUGAAGCUCUUGUCACUGUGCGAAACUAUAGGGAAAAUGACUAUGUUAUCAGAUUCUUAAAGGGCUUAAAAGAUCAAUUGGGCAAUGUUAGGUCACAAAUUAUGCUGCUAGAACCCUUACCUUCCAUCAAUAAGGUUUUCUCGUUGGUGGUUCAACAAGAAGGACAUAUGAAUAUAGGAAUACUUACUGAACCAAAAGUGCUUGUUAAUAAGUCUAGUGCAGCUGGUUUUCAAAGGAAUAUAAUUGAUUCUGAUACACCACAAGGUGAUCAUGAGCAUUCAAGUUGUAGUUUUACAUCAGAUCAGUAUCAAAGGUUGCUAGCUUUAAUUAAACAGUCUCCUCCCACUCCAGAUUCUCAUUUAGUGAACCAAGACUUGAGUACCUUGAAGAAGAUUGGUACAGCUAGAGCUAAAGAUGGUUUAUAUGCAUUAGUAGAUCCUGCCACACCUUCAUUUCCUUUGUCACCUCUACCAGCACAUUUAGUUUCUAUUUCUGCAAAGAAGUUGCCUUUUGCUAUUAGUACUACUCAAACAAAUAAAAUUUUUGAGCUUGUACAUGUGGACAUUUGGGGUCCAUUUUCUGUAACUGCUGUUCAUGGUCACAGAUACUUCCUCACUGUUGUAGAUGAUUUCUCAAGACACUCAAUUUUCAACAAAAGUAAAGGUCAUUCGAAGUGA